CGCUUUUCUAGGCUCCCGCGCCGGCUCCCGCUAGCUCGGCGGAGACUGCAGGCAGAGAUGAGGAAACUGAGACCCCGAAAAGUGGAAGCACUUGUCUAAGGUCACGAAUCCAGGACGCAGUGUAUCCACGACUCCAGUCCAGGUGGUCAGGCUCCAGAGCCCACAGUCCCAGGGAUCCAUGAUGCCGAGCUUCGAUCAUUCCUGCGGCUGCAGCCGUGGCCCCAACGUGGAGGAUGGCAAGUGGUAUGGGGUCCGCUCCUACCUGCACCUCUUCUAUGAGGACUGUGCAGGCACCGCUCUCAGCGACGACCCAGAGGGACCUCUGGUCCUGUGCCCACGCCAGCCCUGGCCCUCACUGUGUUGGAAGAUCAGCCUGUCCUCGGGGAUCCUGCUUAUGCUGCUGGGCGUGGCGGCUCUGACCACUGGCUAUGCGGUGCCCCCCAAGCUAGAGGGCAUCGGUGAAGGUGAGUUCCUGGUGUUGGAUCAGCGGGCAGCCGACUACAACCAGGCCCUGGGCACCUGCCGCCUGGCAGGCAUGGCACUCUGUGGGGCGGCUGGAGUUCUGCUUGCCAUCUGCCUCUUCUGGGUCAUGAUGGGCUGGCUGAGCCAGGACACCAAGGCAGAACCCUUGGACUCUGAAGCUGACAGCCACAUGGAGGUCUUCGGGGAUGAGCCAGACCAGCAGCUUUCCCCCAUCUUCCGUGAUGCCUGUGGCCACUCAUGGUUCUCGCCACCCGCCAGCCCCUUUGGGCAGUCUUCUGUGCAGACCAUCCAGCCCAAGAGGGACUCCUGAGCUACCCAAAUGGCCUAAGGAGGAGACAGAUCUGGGUUCUGGAAGCUUCCCUCUUCUCACCACAACCCCCUCUCAGUGUUUCCCCAACUUCUCCCUUUCAGCACGGUCCCUUUAUAGCCCAACCCCAGGUCCAGUCUGGAGCUCAAAUCCCAGUGCUCCUUCCCCAGGGGUGGGGCUCCAACUCAUCCGAGAUGCCAGCCUUCCUCAAGAGCUCCCCAAACUUCCCACCCACACCCUCUUCCCAAGGCCCUCAGGGGCAGAAAACAUCUCCUUCAACCCGUCCCCACGCUUUCCUCUGAAUGACCUUGGGCAAGCCUGUUGCCUUUUGAAGCCGUCAGCUCCUGCCUCUCUACCAUGAGUCCUUUGGACUAGACUCCUCUUCUCUACAGGCUUGAGGGCACACACUGCCCUCCGUAGACACAGAUGAAGGGGUGGGGGUCAGUCAGCAUCAACGUGUCCCAGAUGCUCACUUGGACUUCCCCUGCAGGAUGUGUGAAGACGUUUGCCUCUCACACUGUGUCUUCUACCUGCCUCUUGGAAUCAGAGCCCCCCAGCCCACCCACCCCAGCUGAUAGGUGAGGUGGGUGAAGGAGGCACACAACAAAGUAGCAUGCAGGAACUAGAAACACAUCUUCAUCCUCCUCCUGGGCCAGCUCUUGUGCUGUACAGGUGGGGCAGAGUCAGUCCCGCACCUUCCUGGUUCCCCGAGGGUCCACAGGGUGGGGGACAGAUUUGGCUCAGAAAGACUAGCUGGAGGCCUGAUGUUCCCAGGUGGCUCCGGAUUUACUUUAGAUAUGGAUUUAAAUGGUCUCUAAGAGCCGGGGAUGGGGGUCAGGAGAAGUGGGUUGUCUUUGCCUUUGAAAGUCUACCCACCUAGAAACCUAGCCCACAAGUCUUGACCGUGACCCUGAUAAUAAAUGUGCCCUCUCGGAGGCACCAGCCCCUCCCUACCGGAGGCGUCGUCUCUCUUUUGUACCACUAGAGAGAGCUCCGAUACAGCCGGAGAGCAGCGCUCAAAGCUCCCCUGCCCUCCCUAACCCUCACCCUCAGUCUCCACCAGCCUGAAGGGCCUCCUGGGGGCUCCUCAGGCCGCCCCCACCAGGGAACACCCUACUGUUCUCGUGCCUCACGCCCCCUUCCUCAUCCUGCACCCCUCUCAUCCCACCUUCCCUUUCAAUAAACAACUGGGAUGGAUACUGA